AUGGCACAACCACACAUUUUGAUUGUGAGUUAUCCAGCCCAAGGCCACAUUAAUCCGUCCCUUCAAUUGGCCAACAAAUUCAUCAAAAUUGGAGUAGAAGUUACCUUCGCCACCAGCCAUUUUGCCCUGCCGGUUGUCCCCAAAGCCUCAUGCAAAGUAUCUAACGACUUCCAUUUUGCAGCCAUUUCAGAUGGUUAUCCUGAUGGAUUCAAACCUCAAGGUCUCGAUGUUGAUCAUGUCAACGCACUCAAAAAAUACGGUCCAGAAACCCUUCGAAAUGUAAUCCAAGCUAGCGCUGAAACAGGUCGUCCUGUUACCUGCAUUGUCCACACUUUAAUCCUCACAUGGGCUGCAGAGGUGGCGCGUGAAUAUCACAUUCCAUGGACUCUCCUUUGGAUUCAACCAGCCACAGUUCUGGGAAUAACUUACUAUUAUUUCAAUGGAUAUGAAGAUGAGAUCAGGAAUUGUUAUGAGCCCUCCUGGUCCAUUCAAAUGCCGGGAGCACCAUUGCUCACAACACUUGAUCUUCCUUCUUUUAUGCUUCCCUCAAGCUCAAGUACACAGAAUGUUGCUCUUUUAUUGGUUAAGGAGCAAAUGAAGAUGAUAGAUGAAGAAGAAAAUUCGUAUGUGCUGGUGAAUACUUUUGAUGCACUUGAGCCUCGUGCUCUCAAAGCGAUUGACAAGUAUAACCUGAUUGGAAUUGGACCGUUGAUUGACUUUCCUUUUUCAGAAGGAAGUGGUGAUGUUAUGCAGAAGGAGGAAUAUUAUAUGGGGUGGUUGAAAUCACAGCCUAGAUCAUCAGUUGUCUAUGUCGCAUUUGGCAGUCUUUUGACGCCAUCGAAACAUCAGAUGGAGAAGAUUGCAAGAGGCACUACUACAAAAAUGUCAUUUUAUGACAUUUAA